AAUAAUUAAAAAUAAUGUGAUCAAAAUCUUUGAUGAAAAUGUUCAAAAGUGUAACGAGAUGGGUAUAGAACCAAUUAAAAAAGUACUAAAGGGAACUCACGCCGUGCUAGCAUCAAGACAGCAAAUUGAAAUGAGCAUAACCAAACAAGAAAAAGAAAAGAUCUUCAUUUCAAAUGAUAUACUUUUUACGAAAUUUCAGUUUAUACAAAUGAAUUUAGUGAAAGUGAACUAUGCUGCUAAAAUCGCUAAUGCUGUAAAUCUUAUUGAACAAAGUGGAUUAUCUCAGAAAGUGCACAGAAACAUGCGUGAAGAAAAAACAAGAAGCGAAGUCUUCUACAAUGAUAAUGCUAUUGAUACUGAUAAUGAAAAACUUCUGAAAAUGUAUGAUAUUAUAAGUCUUCUCUAUUUAUUAGUUACAGGAUAUUUGAUCUCUUUUGUAGUAUUUUUUACAGAAAUUUUUGUCAACAAGAUAAAAAUGAUUACAAGCAGGAAAGGCAGAAUGAAUUGCUACAUGAAACGAUUUGGAAAAAUUCCAUUAGGAAUAUCUAUUGGUGGUUUCUUCUAUAUAAAAGAAGAUUUCUUCAUCAAG